GUUACGCUAUAGUAUGGCAGGGAUAAAUCACGGUUCCGGCGGCCCUUGGCUUAAAGCGGCAUGCCUCAGAUCAUCUAACAAUUUCAUCUUAUUAACUACAAGAUCUAAUACAGGGUAUUCAGGUUUGUAGGCCCAAUUCCGUUUCUCGAUCUACCAGUUGUACAUAAUCCAAUUGGUCCCUUAUUUGAACUUUCCAUUAUUGUCCAACUUGUAGUGUUUGAACUCUUGUAUAAAUCAUGGAUGUCGCGUACAAACAGCAUGCCAACCAAGCACGUCGCAAAAAUAGAUCAUCUACGAACCUUCAACACUUGUCUCUCGCGCCGCUCACGUCUAAAUUACCCCUGACCGACCCUGAAGACCUGCCUGACUUCGGCGCGUCGCCAUUCCAAUACAAUGUUUCCUACCUACAGGGCAAAUCCGCUCCUACGACCCCACGGCUACUCCAAUCUCCUCCCCGGACUCGAGCCAACUCCCCUAGCCGACGUCGAUCCUCGGUACACGAUCCUGCAAGCGCGAAUUUGCCGAAGAGCAAGUCUACGACCCAUCUAGUUGCGUCAAAUGCUAAACGCUCUGGCCUAGGAGCGUUAUCGCCUCUUCCCCGGCAUCAUGCGCCACUCAACAACAAAGAGCAGGGAGACGACGACUGGAUUCUGCGUACGGGGGCAUUAAUCAGCGCGGAGAUGCGCGAGUCUAAGGGGCAAGCCUGGCUCGUCGAGAGGGCGAGCUCGACCAGUCUGACUGGCAUGCGCGACGUUGAGGAAGAGGCAUAUGAACGAGAAUUAGCUAGGGAGAGAGAACUCGCGAGCAGACGGAGUAGCCGACGGGGCAGUAUAGCAAGUGGAGACGACGAUAUCAUUUCGCCGAGCAGCCGCUAUGGUAGCCGCUCUCAGAGCCGGGUUGGGAGUAGAGCUCAUCUAAGGACACCUGUGGAGCGACACGCACACGAUGGGUACUUUAGCUACGAAGUGUCACCGGAAGAUCACAUCCAAGGCCCGGAUUUUGUGAGCCUGGACGAAAAGCUCGAGGCCUUCGAGACGGAUACGAGCAAAUCAGACGAGGCAGUUGUUCGGAGACUGGUCUAUAGGAAAAACGAUGGGGUAGGCUCUUGGGUCUGGUCCCUAUUCUCCGUUGAGGAGAACGACGAGGAAUCAGACACUGCCGACGGCGAGCUGUCAGAUGGCGAAACCGAAGGAAGUCAUUUGCCUCGUAGUGCAAGCACAUUGGACUUUGAAGGCGUUUCGAAUUUCCCAGAAGAACAAAUUCCACCCCCUAAGUCAGAUGAAGGUGGUUGGCGAGACGCCGCGUGGCUUUUGACCGUGGCAUCCAAAGUUUUGCUUUAGAAUCCGAGACAAAUUCCGAAGAUCAUUGCAUUUGCGCUGGAUGCCAUCUUGACAGCUCUCACGUCUAAGAGUCACAUUGCAGCUGUGCCGAAAAGCCAUCUCUACAUUUCUACGACGGGGCCUUACCCCCUUCUGGCUGUCAGAAACUGAAAUAUAUGAGCCAAGCGAAGGACUUCGAUAUUUUGCUGCUAAGAAUAGAACACGGAAUUCUGGAUUUGAUUAUCGAACAGUACAAUUUCAUUGAUCUGGAAGUUCACAAAACGGCUGAACCCGGCAAUACUAAAAAUAGUCUUGGAAUCCAAAUCCCAUCAAGACCGUUACGUUAGUUGGCUCUACCUAAGCUUUGGAAGAAAAUAUUCUACAAAUCAAAAACAACGGGAGUGCCUGCUCAAGGUGCUCAAGGUGCAUACAUGCACACGUUGCAUACAUA